UGACGAGUAAGUAGGACGAGUAAGUAGGGUCUGCCAUGCGGGUAUAUAUAAGGAGGAAGGCUGGCAGUAUACUUUAUAGUCGGUGAGGGACACGAACCGGAUCACGCAGCAGCAGCAGAGCCCCUUAUCGGAUUACUCGACUUAGAAGCUGAGCAGGGAGAAGCAGGUCUUCACAAUGGAGAGCCACGAGCUGACUGGCCACAGUGGAAGGAUCCACAGUGGGAGGAUCCACAUCGAGGAGCAGCUCCCCGUCGAGGAGACGCUGGACGUCGAGGAGCCGCUGGACGUCCAAGUCCCUGAAACAGCUCAUCAGAUUAGCAGUGACUCGUGGCUCCAAGCGGGUUUCGUCCUCACCACUGGACUAAACAGCGCUUUCGUCCUCGGAUAUUCCGGGACGAUCAUGGUCCCCCUUGGGUGGGCUCCGGGUGUUGUCGGACUGCUUGCUGCAGCAGCCAUAUCGCUCUACGCGAACAUGCUCCUUGCGAAACUUCACUUGCAUGGCGGAAAGAGGCACAUCAGAUACAGGGAUCUCGCAGGAUACAUAUACGGCAGGAGAGCUUAUUGUCUGACAUGGGGGUUGCAGUACGUAAAUCUUUUCAUGAUCAAUGCGGGCUUCAUUAUUUUGGGCGGUUCUGCUCUGAAGGCAGUCUAUGUUCUUUUUCGGGAUGACGACACCAUGAAGCUCCCUUACUUCAUAGCAAUCACUGGAUUUGUCUGUGCGAUGUUUGCGAUUGGCGUACCUCAUUUGUCGGCCCUGAGGAUUUGGCUCGGAAUCUCGGCAUUAUUGACUUUGGUCUAUCUUGUUAUAACUUUUACUCUCACCUUAAAAGAUGGAAUCAAUGAUCCCCCAAGAGACUAUAGUAUCCCGGGAACAAGGACCGGCAAAAUCUUUUCGACAAUAGGUGCCUGCGCAAAUCUCGUAUUUGUAUACAAUUCCGGAAUGCUCCCUGAGAUACAGGCAACGAUAAGGCAACCUGUUGUGAAGAACACGAUGAAGGCUCUCUACUUCCAAUUCACGAUCGGGGCUGUACCGAUGUACGCAGUUAUAUUCGCCGGCUAUUGGGCUUACGGGUCUUCGACCUCAACCUAUCUCCUCAGUAGCGUGAGCGGACCCGACUGGGUCAAGACCCUUGCAAAUGUCACGGCCUUCCUGCAAACUAUUAUCUCCUUACAUAUAUUUGCUAGCCCAAUGUAUGAGUACAUGGACACAAGGUACGGGAUCAAAGGGAGUGCUUUGAAGCCGAAGAACCUCUCAUUCAGGAUCCUCUUCAGGGGCGGAUACCUCACGAUCAACACCCUCAUGGCGGCCCUCCUGCCCUUCCUCGGGGAUAUUCAGAGCCUCACAGGGGCAAUUAGCACGAUCCCCCUCACCUUCAUACUUGCGAACCACAUGUACCUCAUGGCCAAGAAUAACAAGCUUAACUCUUUACAGAAGUCAUGGCAUUGGCUCAACGUCUGCUUCUUCGGGCUUAUGUCCAUUGCUGCAGCUAUCGCCGCGCUCAGGCUCAUUGCUGUGCACUCCAAGGAUUACAAUGUCUUCGCAGAUCUGUGAUUAUGCUUCUUUUCUUUUCUUUUUAACUUUUUUUUCUUUUCUUUUAGUUUUUUAACAACUGGAGUUCUGUGUCUUUUCUCCAAGUCUCAAGACGGGUGCAUUUUAUCCAAUUAUUGUCAAUUUCACUGUGGGUAACUAGGCAGAUCCGGGUCGAUGACAAAUUGAUUUACCGGAACUCCUCACCAUGAAACAAGCCUCAGAAACUUUUCGCAUA